GGGGUCGGCGGGCGGCGGCGGAGCCGGGUGGAGGUCGGGGUCGGUCGGGGCUGAGCGGAGUCGCCGCGAUGAUGAACGCGGAUCUGCGGAGGGAGCGCGCCGCCGCCACCUUCCAGCCCGAGCUGCUCACGCACAUCCUGGAUGGAGGCGCCGAGCGCACCCGGCGGCGAAAGGAGAUCGAGGCCUUAGUGAUUAAUGACCCUGACUUCCAGCACGAGGACUUGAACUUCCUCUCCCGCAGCCAACGCUAUGAACAAGCCAUCAGGAAGAGCUCUCUGAUGGUGAUGAAGUUAAGAGAAUAUGGAAUUGCAGACCCAGAAGAAAUCUACUGGUUUAAAAGAACAUGCUUGGGCAAUUUCAUUGAACCUUUCGGUCUGCACUUCAGCAUGUUUCAUAAAACCAUAGAGACCCAAACGACUGAUGCUCAGAAGAAGAAAUGGCUGCCUCUGGUCCGUGGAGUCAAGAUAGUUGGCACCUACGCCCAAACCGAAAUGGGACAUGGAACUCACCUUCGAGGUCUAGAAACUACAGCUACUUAUGACCCCGCUACCCAGGAAUUCAUCCUCAACAGCCCCACUGUGACCUCCAUUAAGUGGUGGCCAGGUGGACUUGGAAAGACCUCAAACCACGCCAUUGUUCUGGCUCAGCUCUACACUCAGGGCCAAUGCAAGGGACUGCAUGCCUUCAUUGUUCCUAUACGGCAGCUGGGCACCCAUGAACCUUUGCCAGGUAUUACAGUGGGUGAUAUUGGGCCGAAAUUUGGUUAUGAUGAAAUGGAUAAUGGCUACUUGAAAAUGGACAACUUCAGAAUUCCUCGGGAGAACAUGCUGAUGAAAUAUGCUCAGGUUGAACCAGAUGGUACCUAUGUGAAACCAGUCAGUGAUAAGCUAACCUAUGGGACCAUGGUGUUCAUCCGGUCUCUGAUUGUAGGAGAUUCAGCUCGCUCCCUGUCCCGGGCUUGUACCAUUGCCAUCCGCUAUAGUGCAGUGAGGCACCAGUCUGAGCUAAAGCCUGGGGCACCAGAACCCCAGAUUUUGGAUUAUCAGACCCAACAAUACAAACUGUUUCCCCUUCUGGCAACAGCGUAUGCUUUUCAUUUUGUGGGAGCCUACAUAAAAGACACGUAUCAUCGCAUUAGUGGAGACAUCCACGAAGGAGAUCUGAGUGAGCUGCCAGAGCUCCAUGCACUGACAGCAGGGUUGAAGGCAUUCACUUCCUGGACUGCCAAUGCUGGUAUUGAGGAAUGUCGAAUGGCCUGUGGUGGGCAUGGCUACUCUCGUUGCAGUGGCAUUCCUGACAUCUAUGUCACGUUCACCCCAUCCUGCACCUAUGAAGGAGAAAACACAGUCAUGAUGCUGCAGACAGCUAGAUUCCUUGUCAAAAGUUACAACCAGGUUAGUUCUGGUCAACGUGUUACUGGCAUGGUCUCCUACCUUAAUGAUCUCUCCAGGCAACGCGUUCAGCCACAGCACGUAGCUGGUAGGACUGAAACUGUGCGCAUUAAUGAUCCAGUCAGCUUGGUAGAGGCCUACAAAGCACGUGCAGCCCGGCUUGUAGAAGCUGCAGCAAAGAAUUUGCAAGCUGAACUGAAUCACAGAAAGAGCAAAGAAGAUGCCUGGAACAGAACUUCUGUUGACCUUGUGCGAGCAUCUGAGGCACACUGUCACUACGUAAUAGUGAAGCUUUUCACAGCAAAGCUGUCUGAAGUCAGUAAUGCAGCUGUCUGCGCUGUCUUGACUGAGCUGUGUCUCUUGUAUGCACUGUAUGGGAUCAGUAAGAAUGCAGGGGAUUUUUUGCAGGCGGGUAUUUUGACAGACGCCCAAAUUACUCAGGUGAACCAGCGUGUGAAGGAACUCCUGGCUGUAAUUCGUCCCAAUGCAGUAGCACUGGUAGACUCCUUCGACUUCCAUGAUGUUCAUCUUGGAUCUGUGCUUGGCCGGUAUGAUGGCAACGUGUAUGAGAACAUGUUUGAGUGGGCAAAGAAAUCCCCACUGAAUAAAACAGAGGUUCACGAGUCUUUCCACAAACACCUGAAGCCGAUGCAAUCCAAGCUGUGAAGGCUGCUGUUUUUUAAACUGCACAAUUUUCUUGCCCUGAGAACUGGAUGUUUGUGUCCUUUCUUCAGGCACCCGAAUCAAACCUUUCAAAUCCUGUUAGCUGUAGAACAGUGAAUAAUUAUAGCCUUUCUUUCCACUUUUAUAAAUGGAGGAAGUGUUUGGGGAGAGUGCCUAGGGAUUGAUGCCUGUUUUUAAAGUGCAAUUAUAAUGGUGAAAUUAACCUUUUAAAAUCUGGAAAAGCUUUAUGAAGUCUUAAAGAGUUGCUUUUGUGAAGCUGAUAGGUAGAGAAGUUACUGUCAACUGGAAGAGUAGCAGAAUUUUACUACUGAGUAGUUAACAGCCCUCUGGCAAUAGCUUGGAACGAGCAGUUGUUUUCCCCACCCCUAAAAGCAUCCAUGUCCUGGUGCUUUUUUUUCCCCAAGGUUAGCACCAGCUCUCCUUGUUUCACAAUUGUUUAUACUAUCUAAAGCCUCCUGCAUAGUUCUGUGCACGGGAAUUCUGCCUGUAGCGUUAAUUCCCUAAUGUAGCUGGGAAGUAAUAGGCAUCCUUGUCAGGAGUUCUGCUUCAGUCUUCCUUCUAGGAAACAUCUUCACAUUUUCCAGUACAUCCUUUCACUGCCCUGCAGAAGCUCCCUUUGUGCCAGCACUGUCACCUUACGCUUUGUUAGCAGGAAUAAAAGGAGAGUACAGUGAUGCUGCUCUGAGGACAAAACAAGUAGUAGUAAUCAGCUAGGUGCUGAUAAUAGAUUUUCUGCCCUUUUAACUGUUAAUAUUUUCAUAAUGCUAUCUCAAAGCACUUUACAAAUGUUAAUUAUGCCGAUUUGAUGCGGGGGGGAAAAAAAACACAUGUAGUGGUAGAAACUGCAAGUUUGAUAUGGAACAAUGAAGCCUGUAUUUGAGGGCAGAAACUGGUUAGCCAGAGUCCUUGGAUCUCCAGAUUGUCCUGGAAUGUUCUGGUUUUUAAAGGCAUUCUUCAAGAAAACAACAAUCCCAACCGUAGUGCCCAGAUCUUUUUCCUCACUCAUGCAUUUCCAAGAAGCUGUCUCUGAUUUGCUUUAUUUUUUAAACGUUGACUUACGACUUGCACAGUGCUGUUUGAAUUAACAGAUCAUUUAGUUUUAACAGAACCUCCUGAUGCCCAAUGAAAUCACUGCAACUGAACGAAAUUACUGCUGUUCAACACCAAGAGCUCUGAUCAGCGACAACAAAACCUUUCUUCUCUGCAGAUGAGAGAAACUCUGAGCUUAAAAUGGCAAAAAAAAAAAAACAAACCUCACAAAAACAUCCAAAACUUCAGCAUGAGCCUGCAGUUCAGAGGCAACGUGUGGGAAGCUGGUUGUCUGACAGCUUUGGUAUCUCUCAGUCACUAACUCUUCAUCAUUUCUCAUGGAGGAGUGUUUUGUGGUACUAACAGUCAUUAGUCAGGAUCUUUAGCACCAUGCACAGUAGCUCAACAGAAAGAAAUGCUUAAUUUUAACUUUUAUUCCAUUUAAAGCAAACAUGUCUUAUGGCUGUGGAGUCUUUUGGGUUGAAUGAAACCGCUGCUGUUCAGGUUACCAAAUGAUUUUGCCUUCUGCUUAUACAGCUGAGCAGAUUGACCUGGGGAGGUAAGAUGGAGGAGCAGGGGAAGGUUGAAAACGUGUUAAUGAGAACAGUGCUAGCUAACUAUGUACAGAUAUAAUAAAUGACAAAGACAAAGUGUUUUCAGA